AUGCCAUCUCAGACAUCACAGCAAUCUAUAAGGGCAUCCUGCGAUCGUUGCCGUAAUAAAAAGCUCGGCUGCACCGUCUCCGCCACUGAAAAGUCCCGGACGGGGGCCCAGCGAUGUGAUCGGUGCAUCCGAGCAAAAUUGGAUUGUGUCUUCAGCCGCCGGGCACCGACAAGGAAGACUAGUGACGCUCGGAGAGCAAAUCGAAACUCCACCAGGAGCAAGUCACUAUGGACCUCCGAGACAAGCGGUCUGCCAACACCUACGGAGAUCUCGUCCUCUCUAGGUUCCUCCGAUUCACUUUCUGGCCUCACCGAUUUAUCAAUGCUGAGCUCCACUGGAGAGCAUAUCGGCACAGACUUUCUGAAUGUGAGCGAUCACGUUGUCGAUCCUAGUAUCAACUCCUUCUUCAAUGAGGAGCUCUUUAUUAGGCCUCAUUCGUCCACGAGUUUCUUCGAUCUGUCCUCAUUUCCAUUGAUGGCUGAGAACACAUGUGGGCCAACUGCCUCGCUGCAUGACAGCUCGCCCAGAAACACAUUAUCAUCGACUGAUGAACCUGUCAGCCCCUCCUGUUUCGUACAUCUCUCGGGGCUGGUAGCUGAAAUCCAUGAGACGAUAAACGUGCUGAACGGUGAACUACGCCAUCCAAUCCUAAGAGGCGCCGAAGAAGACCUCGACACCUAUUCAAUUGGCCCAAUCUUGCAAUUGACUCGGAGAUUUUCGGCAAUACUUCGAGAUUGGGCACCCGGGACAAUUCACGACUUGCAACAGCGAUCCCGAGCCGACUCUUCCUCACCUCCAAUUUUCCCCGUAUCUCCAAAUAGCACGGACUUUUUCAGCGUGACUCAAGCCCAACUUCCCCCGUCGGACCAUUUUGGUCAAGAGUCGAUCACAUUGGCCAUGCCGGACAUGCCAACUAAUCUGCUGAUGUUGACGUGUUACGCUUCCCUUGUGAAGUUGUACAUGAUGGUACUUUCGCAAAUUCGCAAUCAUCUCAGGCGAUUGCCUGCGUCCAGCUCUCAUCACUGCACGCCAGCCAAUGCUCAAGCUGAAGGACAACUUCAACCGGAGGAGCUAUUCCCUUUCACCAAUGAGUACUAUAGCAAGAUUUAUACAGUGGUGCAAAUGCUUCUCGAUGAGUUCCAAUCGAUGGAGUAUUUUCUCUGUUAUCCCAAUCCGCAUGACUCCGUCAGUCGGCAGAUGGAGAGAGAGAACAACCAACCAGGAGAAGUACAGCAGCAACUCGAAGCGGAUCUCAGAAUUAAUUCUGGUUGGUUUGCUGACCAAGUGGAAAUGAUCAGAGCCCCUUUGAAUCAAGGCGCCAGUCGAAUGUUUGGUAAUGGCAGUCAGUGUUUGGAAGGAGUAGUACAGCGAUGCCAUCAUCUUAAGGCAAUCCUCCGUGAGAGGAUGGAGCUUUAG